CAGACUGUUCCAAUGCUUUUUUUAUUCUUUCUCUUUCUCGGCAAAAAGGGUACAUAAUGACCUACAUAAAAGUUGAACUCGCAUUCUUGCUUCUCUCUUUUACGCAAAGCUAAGCUUAAUUAUUAAAGCUCAAGUCAGUUUAGUCACUCUAUUACUCUUUGCUUCUCCUUAAAUAUGAAUCAAUAUACUUUCUCAUUUCUCUUCUUUUUUCCUUCUAUACAUAUAAUUCCUUUACCUUCUAUGUUAAGAGUAAGCUCAAUACUUUAUCUUGAAUCCAUUUGGACAAGAAACAGAGAACACAUGGAUCGAGAGCAAGACCAGGAACAACCUCCGGUAGCUACGAAUGAAGAAGUCUCUGAUUCAGAGGCAUUAGACGUGACAUUAGUGAUACCUGAGGAUGAAAACCAAACAGAUGCACCCUUACAACCAGAACAAUUUAGUGAUGAAUCUUUAGAUUCAUCUACAUCUCACACUAAAACUGAAGCAAUUGAUACACUAGUAAUAAAACCUGAAACAAUUGAUCAGGAGAAAAUCCCGUCUGAAGAUAAAAUGCUCAAGGUACAGCCAAAGGACGAACAAAGCUCAGCUCUUUUCAAGAAUAACGAUGAUGACAAACCGCCUACACCACCUGCGACACCUGCAUCCUCAAGGUUCUCUGCUCGUCGUUUGUUUAGCAAGGCAAGAUUAAGUAUAGUCAGCGAUGAUUUUUCAUUAAGCACACACAAGAGUGCGUUUAUGCAAAAGCUAUCACCUCCUAAAAUACCUUCGCCCAUGCCAUUUCGCUCAAAACAUACAUCAGUAGACUCUUAUACCAGUGAAUUAGAAAGACGACCAUCAAAGCUAAGGACUAAAGGAAAGAUGCUCUCAAAAAAGAUAAAAAGGACAUUUUCAAUUCACCGUAAUACAUAGUCUUUGUACAACAUUAUUCUUUACUAUAUUAAACAUUCUUUUUUAUAUAUAAAAUCAUUAAUUACAUGUAAUAUCGUUUGCUUAGUCAAUUCUUUUUUUCA